AAUGAACGUACAUCCUGGCAGCGGCAGGAGUUGCUGCACUGACCGUCACAAUCACCGUCACACCUCCCUCAGAGACAGCCCGCUUUCGCUGCUUCUGAGAGGCCCUCGAAGCGCCCGGGCUACUGCUCCUCACUGAGCUCGUUGGAUCUUCCUCACCCCAUCCAAGAGGCAGGCAUGUCUGCCAAUCCGGGACGGAACGGUGUCUCCCCUCCUCGGCCGUCUGCUUUAUCAAUCCACCAUGGCACCGAUCCUGCCGUUUAACCGACGAUCUAUCUGGGUUGGGACCGGUUCACCUUCACAUUUCUACCCUCGCUUUCCCCAUCGUGUCAUUCCCGGUUGUGUUCCCUCUCUGCCUCUUGCUGCGCGGUGCUCUCGGCGCGGGUUCUGUCGACCGCACUGUCUCCAGCCUUCCCUCGUUUGGUCGUAAGAUAAAACGGUAGCAUUGGAAGGUUAUCGUGCCGUCUCCGACGAUCGAUCGAACCAAAGCAAAUACCAAGAUGCUCGGCUCUUGGGGUCUAAGCCCCAGAUCUACAUCGAGAUGGGCAGCGGCUGCCGCAGCGGCGUCUUUUCUGCUCGUCAGCCACGUCGCACCCCCCGCGACAGCGUUGUACGUGAGCGAAGGCUCCCCAUGCUGGGAUGUCUGUAACGACCCCACCAACACCACCACCUCGGAGAUUGUCUGCAUGGACGCGGCCUACAACGACACCACGACUGGCAAGAACUUCAAGGAUUGCGUCUCGUGUGCGCUCAACAGUACCUACACUGAUCCCAGUGGGUUGGUGACGGACGUGGACUGGGGAUUGUAUAACCUCCGCUAUGCGUUCAGCGCCUGUGUCUACGGUUACCCGGCGGGCGUCGACAGCGUCUCGUCGCAGUGCUUGGUUUCCUGCCAAGGACUAGACAGCGCGAUCGAGUUUGACUUGCUCACUCCGAACGAUAUCAAUCUUCGCGCCUGGUGCUCUACCUCCACGUUUGCCGAUAAUCAGAUAGAAACCUGCGAGUUCUGCUACAACCUGACCGAAACACAAGUGCUUAUGGCCAAUUUCAUCGAAGCCCUCCGCUAUGACUGCCACUUUCCUGUUCCAUCCCAAACAGCCUUCCCGAUCAGCCCGUCGUUGAUUUUUGCCCAGGAACAAUUACCUACCUAUAGCAGCGACCUGCUGGACACGCCCAGCGGGGGCGGGGUGAACUAUAAAUUGGCAACUCUCAUCGGUCUGCCGCUCAUGGGUUUCGUGAUUCUCCUUUUCAUCUUGACUAUCGGCUGUGUACUCGGCAUCAGCUGGUGGCGACGCCAAGAACGUGAGGACGAGGAGUUGCGCCAGUGGAAGGCCAUGGCGGCGGAGAAUCCGUGGAGCGAGUACCCGCCGCCGGAGAUGUACUCGCAGCCGCAGCAGAUCACGCAGUACGGUUCAGGGUUCCAGGUCGUGGAUACUGAUGGUCGCACUCAUGAGGUGGGGUACUCCAAGCAGGUGAUGAUGAAUGUGUCUGAAGAUAAGGGGAAGAGUCCGUCGCAGGAGUAUCCGGGGGAGUUGAAGCUGUGA